AUGGUGUAUGUGCAACUUACAGUAUUUCUCAAAAGAUAUCCGAUUUUGCUGAUACAACAAACGAUCUUCAAGCAAUUAUUUAUUGAACGUGCUAUGUUAGUAAUGUUAGAAUUUGAAUUUAAUAUAUUCAAAAAUGUUCUGAAGUAUCGAUCGAGAGAUAUUUUCCAAGACACAAUAAAAGGAUGGUUUUUUGAUAAAUGUUGA